GGGGGACCUCUCCGCUCUUCCUGCCUUCCUGUCUCUUGCAGACCCUGAAGGCUGAGGAGCCAGCGAGAUGCCCGGUCUGCUGAACCAACUCACAGGGGCAGCCCUGCCCCUCACCGCAUCCGAUGUCACCUCCUUUGUCAGUGGUUACGCCCUGGGUCUCACGGCCUCCCUCACCUAUGGCAACCUAGAAGCCCAGCCCUUCCAGGGCCUCUUUGUAUACCCACUGGAUGAGUACACCACGGUGAUCGGCUUUGAGGCGGUCAUUGCUGACCGUGUCGUGACAGUACAGAUCAAGGACAAAGCCAAGAUGGAGAGCGGCCACUUUGAUGCCACCCGAAUCCGAGCGGCAACUGUCACAGGAAAGGUGGCUUUGGACGAGGAUUUGGAGCGGACCCUGUUCGUGGUCAACCUGGGGACCAUCGCUCCUAUGGAGAACGUCACCAUCUUUGUCAGCACCUCCUCGGAGCUCCCGACACUGCCCAGCGGGGCCGUGCGGGUUCUGCUGCCUGCUGUCUGUGCCCCGAUGGUGCCCCAGUUCUGCACUGAGAGCACCAGCCUCUCCAGCCAGCAGGCCCAAGGCAAAGACAGGCAUUGCUUCGGCACUCGGACCCUGGACUCCUGGAACAAGCUGUGUCUGGCGACUCUGCUGGACACCGAGGUGUCCAACCCCAUGGAAUACGAGUUCAACUUCCAGCUGGAGAUCCGUGGGCCGUGCCUGCUUGCAGGGGUGGAGAGUCCCACCCACGAGAUCCGAGCCGACGCCGCCCCAUCCGCUCGCUCAGCCAAGAGCAUCAUUAUCACCUUGGCCAACAGGCACACCUUCGACCGGCCUGUGGAGAUCCUCAUCCACCCCAGUGAGCCCCACAUGCCACAUGUUUUGAUGGAGAAAGGGGACAUGACCCUGGGCGAGUUUGACCAGCACUUGAAGGGAAGAACGGACUUCAUUAAAGGGAUGAAGAAGGGCAGCAGUGCAGAGCGAAAGACAGAAAUCAUCCGGAAACGUCUCCACAAGGACAUCCCCCACCAUUCCGUCAUCAUGCUCAACUUCUGUCCUGACCUCCAGUCAGUCCAGCCGAACUUGAGAAAGACCCAUGGGGAGUUUAUCUUUCUCAUCGACAGGAGUGGCAGCAUGAAUGGGACCAACAUCCACAAGGUCAAGGAUGCCAUGCUGGUGGCUCUUAAGAGCCUCAUGCCAGCCUGCCUCUUCAAUGUCAUCGGGUUUGGAUCCACGUUUAAGACCCUCUUCCCUUCCAGUCAGACCUACAGUGAGGAGACCUUGGCCAUGGCCUGUGAAAACAUCCAGAGAAUGCGAGCUGACAUGGGUGGCACCAACAUCCUCUCCCCACUCAAGUGGAUCAUUCGGCAGCCAGUGCUCCAAGGCCACCCGAGGCUGCUCUUCCUGAUCACUGACGGGGCCGUCAACAAUACAGGGAAGGUGCUGGAGCUGGUGCGAAACCAUGCCUUCUCCACCAGGUGCUAUAGCUUUGGAAUCGGACCCAACGUCUGCCACAGACUGGUGAAAGGGCUGGCAACCGUGUCCAAGGGCAGUGCUGAGUUCCUGGUGGAGGGGGAGCGGCUGCAACCCAAGAUGGUCAAAUCCCUGAAGAAGGCCAUGGCCCCAGUCCUGAGUGAUGUGACUGUGGAGUGGAUCUUCCCUGAGACCACCGAGGUCCUGAUCUCACCUGUCAGCACCAGCUCUCUCUUCCCUGGAGAACGGCUAGUGGGGUAUGGCAUUGUAUGUGAUGCCUCCUUAUAUGUCUCCAAUCUCAGAACUGACAAGAGAAGACGAUACAGCAUGCUGCACUCUCAGGAGUCUGGCAGCUCUGUCUUCUACCACUCACAGGAUGAGGGCCCCAGCCCAGAUAGUGGAGACUGUGCCAAGAGCGUGGGGGCACCCUUCAAUCUGAGGCAGGACAAAGAUGCCCAGCCAUCCAGCGGAGACUCUACCACCAAUCCUGGUCUAUACCUCUCCCAGCGACGGCGAGCAUAUAGCACCAACCAGAUCACCAACCACAAGCCCUCCCCAAGGGCCCCCAUUGCCAGCGACCCCACAACGGCUGCCAGGAGAUACCCACUGCGGAAAGCCAAGCUGCAAGACCUCACCAACCAGACCAGCCUGGAUGCUCCACGGUGGCAGACUGAUUUGCAGCCCUUGCUGAACAAUGGCCAGGACCUGAGUCAGGGCCUCAGACUCCGGGGUCCAGGGGCCCGCAGGCCCUCUCUGCUGCCCCAAGGCUGCCAGCCCUUCCUGCCCUCAGGCCAGGAGACCCAGGCCUGGAGCCCCAUGAAAGAGCUGGAUCUUGGGUCCAGCUUGAAGCCUGCCUCAGACAGCCGCAGCCCUGGGGACCUGGAGCCGUCCCAUCAUCCCUCCGCCUUCGAGACGGAGACGUCCUCGGACUGGGAGCCCCUGGCUGAGUCCGAGGAGCAGGCCAGUUCCAGCAGGCCUGCCACCCCAGGCCCUGUGCUGGGCAAGGCCGUGGUCAAGGGCCUGCGCGACAGCCAGCGUUUGCAGUGGGAGGUGAGCUUCGAGCUGAGGCCUCCGGGGCCCGAGAGGGGCGGCGCGCGCGAGGCCGACCUGUGGAGCGAGACCUUCCACCACCUGGCGGCCCGCGCCAUCAUCCGCGACUUUGAGCAGCUGGCGGAGCGAGAGGACGAGAUCGAGCAAGGGUCCGGCCGCCGCUACCAGGUGAACGCCGUGCACACCAGCAAGGCCUGCAAUGUUAUCAGCAAGUACACAGCCUUUGUGCCUGUGGAUAUAAGCAAGAGCCGUUACCUGCCCACCGUGGUGAGCUACCCCAACUCCGGUGCUGCAUUGCAGAUGGCCAGCUCUCGGGUCCUGACCCGGCAGUGGAGGGGCACUUCUGCCGGUUUCAGAUGGUCCCAGACAACGCUCAGGGAAGACUCGGCAGCAGGAGAUGGCAAAUUUCAGAAUCUAAAUGUGGAGGAAAGCCCUACGGCGCCCUUCAGCGAGACCGAGACCGCAUCUCCAGGCCACGAGAAGUACGCGCCUUCUGAAGGUCCCCUGCGCAGUCUGGCCACCAAUACCUUUUCUUCCUUGAAGGCCUCAGAGACUCUCUUUGGAUCCAGGCUGAACCUCAACAAGUCCAGGCUGCUGACACGUGCAGCCAGGGGCUUCCUGGGCAAGCCACUGACCAAGGUUCCAGAGUCAGUCCCGGGGAGCCAGAGCUUCGACUACAUCCCACUGGUGUCUCUACAGCUGGCCUCUGGAGCCUUCCUGCUCAACCAAGCCUUCUGCAAGGCCAUCCACAUCCCCAUGGAGAAGCUCAAGUGGACCUCACCCUUCACCUGCCACCGAGUGUCCCUCACCACCCGCCAGCCCCCGAGCCCCCAGAUGGGCACCAGCCCCUCACCUCGGCACCUGUCCUGUGACAGCAUCUCCCUGGAGCCUCUGGCUGAGGGCAAGCCAGGCUGGGAGCCCAGGGCUGUGAUCGAGCACACGGGGAAGCUGUGGGCCACGGUGGUGGCGCUGGCGUGGCUGGAGCACAGCUCAGCCUCCUACUUCGUCGAAUGGGAGCUGGUGGCCGCCAAGGCCAGCUCGUGGCUGGAGCAGCAGGAGGUGCCCGAGGGCCACACGCGGGGCAUGCUCAAGGCUGCCGCCCGCCAGCUGUUCGUGCUUCUGCGGCACUGGGACGAGAACUUGGAGUUCAACAUGCUCUGCUAUAACCCGAAUUAUGUGUAGUGGGGGGUGGUGAGAGGGGCUGGGGCAGCGGGAAAAAGGAGGGGGCCCUGGGGGUCUGUGAGGGGUCUUGAAACUGUAGCCAAUAUAUCGGUUGUUAGAAAGAGCCCUAGAUUGGCAAUCAGGAGGCCUGAGUUCAAUGCCAACUUUUUGCUAUCACCGAACUGUGCAAUUUUAGGCCAGCCCCUGCCUCUCUCUGGGUCUCAGUUUCCCCACCUGUAAAGUACGUGGGUGAGGUUGCACUCAGCCUCUAGAACGUUCAGUUUCCUUUCUGCUCAGACAUCUGGGCAGCCGUGGGGUUUACUGCCACUGGGGGAUCAGGAGAGAGGUGCAAUUUAAGCCUGAGUUC